UACCAAAAUGUUAGAGCCAAAAUAGCAUUUGAAAGUAAUGGCAUUUUUGAAUGGGAUGUAAUUAUUGAGAAAGCUUGUGGUAAUACUUGGAUUGGAGUAUGUGCGUCAGAAAAUUUAAAUUAUGAAACCUUUGCAGGAAUUCAACCUACUGGAUGGGUAUUGAGUUCUGGUAGUGAGCUUCGUAAUCAUAAUAGCUAUAUAGUAAAUUAUUGUCCCACGUUUCAUGAAGAUGGUGCAAAAAUUACAGUUCAUUUAGAUAUGAAUAAAAGAACUUGUGCUUUUACAAUCAAUGAUGGUAAAAAGUAUCGAGAAGUAUCAGAAUGGAAUAAUCUACCAUCAAAACUUUAUCCAGUAGUAUCAUUUCGUUAUCCUGGUCGUAUUCGAAUUCAACCUCAUCGAAAAAAUUAA